AUGGUCUUCCAAGCUCUCCUAUACGUAACCCGCAAAAGCGGCACCACCCCCGCCGAAUUCCAAGCCCACUACGAAACAGUGCACGUGCCACUCAUCCAAAAGCUGGCAGGCGCAGACUUCCCUCUCGCCCACAGACGUCUCUAUCUUGCACGCCCGGCACCCGGCGAAGACAACAGUUUCCCGGCGGCGGUGCUGAUGGGCGCCCAGGAGGAUUUCGCCUUCGAUGCGGUUGUGGAGUUGACGUUUAGGGAUGAGGCGGCGUUUAAGGUCUUCUUUGCGCGGAGACAGGAGCCCGGGACGAAGGAAUUGGUGGAUGCUGAUGAGGAGACGUUUUUGGAUCCGACGAAGCUCAAGGCGGUGGUUUUGGGGGAGGUUCAGGAGACGACCAGUUAA